UGAGUAUACAUCGUUAGGUACUUAUGCUGAGAAACAGCAGGUCUAUCCCACAUCGAAGAGAUCUAUCAUGAGAACUCUAGUAGUCGUGUUUGCGGCACUUUGCUGCCUGGUGGCUUUCGCACAAGGAUGUUUAGAUAAGAAUCCGAACUGCGGCCGUUGGGAAAGAAGGGGCUACUGUACGGGAUUGUAUAAAAAAUACAUGGAGCAGUACUGUCAGAAGAGCUGUGGUCUAUGCGGAGGCGGAGGAGGUGGCGGUGGAGGUAGCCAGGGGAGCUGUGGAAUGAAGCCAUCCACUCGUAUCGUUGGAGGGACCGCUGCCCCUAAGAAUGCCUGGCCAUGGCAGGCUCAGCUCAGGCGAAGCGCGUCAAGGUUCCCAUUCUGUGGAGGCACGUUAGUUCAUCCUCGGUUUGUCGUCACUGCUUCGCAUUGCAUCGACAAAGAGACCCCCAGCAGCCUUCGAAUCAGACUUGGUGCUCACCGCCUGCUUAACUCCAGUGAGUCCACAGUCCAGAACUUCCUCGUCAAGCGCAUCAUUAAACAUGAGAGAUAUAGCAACCCCGUGAACCUCGCUAACGACAUCGCAGUUAUAGAGCUAGAAGAGCCUGCACGACUCAACAAGGCGGUCAAUCUGGCGUGUCUUCCAACCCAGUCUAAUGAAAUUCAAGAGGGAAAGAGAUGCUGGGUUACAGGGUGGGGCCGCACUUCAGAGGGCGGAUCCUCCCCAACAGUCCUAAUGCAAGUUGAAGUCCCAAUCGUCUCCGCCUCCACCUGCAGCCGAGCUUAUGGCCGCCUUCAUGAAUCCAUGGUAUGUGCGGGACGCGCUUCAGGCGGUAUCGACUCUUGCCAGGGUGACUCAGGGGGUCCCAUGGUCUGUGAGUACAACGGCAAGUUCAACCUGGAGGGCGUGGUUUCAUGGGGGAUAGGGUGCGCCCGUCCUGGCAAAUACGGCGUCUACGCCAAGGUGCGUCACUUGAGGGCGUGGCUUGACGGGCACAUCCGUUAAAUGAGGAAUGGGGGAAGGACACACCCAUGUCAACAACAACUUGAAAAAGUAUAAAGUUUAUUCUGUCUAAUUCAAAAGUAUGUUGUAAUGAGAAAAUAAAGUUAAUGCAUUGA